CUUAAUUACGUGGUUUAGUUUUAGGUAGCGAAAUACUAUCUCAGCAAAAAAGAAAAAAAAACAAAAAAGGGGUAAAAAUACUGCGAAAUACUAAAACCAACAAGAAAGCUGCCAAUAUCACGACAAAAAGCACUGUCCAUGGAUCCGAUUCCUUCGAGUAGAUGCGGCGCACGGAGGCCGUGCGUAAUUCACCACCACCACCACCACCACCAUCACUGUAACUUAGUUGUCUGCCCUCACCAACACCAGCACUGUCAGAUCCACUGCUUCUGUAAUUGCCACCGCCAUGCGAUUGCGAACCCUAAUUUUGCUUAUUUCCCCCAAAACCCGCAAUUUAUCCCUCCCUGUUCAUUUCCGAACGAUUUGACUUCUGGUUUUGAAGAACCUCAUCGUUCUGCCCAACAUCAUCAGAUGUUAAAGGAGCAGGAAAAUGCUGGGUUCGAAGAGGAAGAUGAUGAUGACGAUGAUGACCCGGUUUUUGUACUUACCGAUGAAUGGAAGGAAUUCUUUGCAAAAUCUGAAGCUGAGAGGAAAUUAAAAAAGAAGCAAGCUAAUAAGGAAAAGAAGUGAGGAAAGUUCAAUGAGAUUACUUUUUCGAAUGGUUGUUAUUAUUCUUUUUUUUUUUUUUUCCCCCCGCCCCUCCUUUUUUGGGGACAACGUUAAAAGAUUUAAUACUAGAACACCGAAACUUCCAAAUUUUUUUACACCUAAAGAUUUGUACUCUUAAGUUUGGACUUUUUCAUCUUAUUUAUCAUUUUCUUGUG